UAUUUCAUUCUGCGAGGAAAUGAAUCGUUAGCAGUUCACAUCUCUGAUCGACAAAGUCGAAAUUGCUUUCGGCGUCGUCGUUUCUGAUCGUGGUGAUAAUUUGAAAUGGAAGCCUCACAGUCAGAGGCUAACCCUAACCCAAACCCGAACACCAACAACAAUGCCAACCGAAAUUCGAUAAUGUCGUCGAUGCCGUUGUGGCCCACGAUCGACGGUCCACUGGGGCUGACAGAGGAGGAAUCACUGAGAUACUCGCGCAGGUUUUACAAGUUCGGCUACGCGCUCUUGCCUUGGCUUUGGGCAGUUAAUUGCUUCUACUUCUGGCCUGUUCUCCGCCACCCGAGCUCUUUCCCCGGCAUCCGCCGCUAUGUUAUUAGCUCUGCUAUUGGGUUCACAGUAUUCACAGCCCUUCUCUGUUCAUGGGCAUUGACAUUUGCCAUUGGAGGGGAAGAUCUCUUUGGCCCAGUCUGGGAGAAACUAGUAAUGUACAAUCUUGCUGACAGAUUGGGCUUGACAGCAUCAAGUUCUUCUUUGUGGGCUAAAGAGGGAUUUCACUAUCAAGAGGCAUUCAAUGUUACCAUCCUAGGUCCUCCAGUUCUGGUUUUGUUGCACCAAAGAUUCAUCAACAUGAGAAGUUUAAUCCAAAGUAUAUGAAUUUUGGGGAUGGUGAUGAUGGGAAUGAAGAAAUAUUGAUGAAGAAAAGCAAGUUUGAUGAUCAGACCGAUGUACUGAAGAGGUUUGGAAUGGCUGC